AUGUCAGGCGAGCUGCCCACCUUGCUUCGUUACGGGGAGCUACGAGGUCGACAAACGAGUGUGCAGUGGACAGGCUCACUGGCUGCUAGCGAGGUUUAUCCCGAUCUUCACCGAUCCCCAAGGGUUAGGACCCUUGGAUCACCCCUCUCAGCGGAGACUAUGCCGAACGUAGCUAUGCCGCUCUGUGCCGCUCCUGCCGAGAUAGGUUGUGGCAGGGCUCUGCGGGCUGUUGCAAGGGCUGCGAGCGCGCAUUAUGAGAGCGUGACUGACUUUGACGUUCCGUGCAGUGCAGAGUUGCAAGAUAGGGGCUAG